AUGACUUAUGUUGUCACCAAGUCGUUAGAGCUGGAUUAUGUUAGAAACUACUUAUUCCAUGGGCACCGCUUUACGUGUAGCGCGGCUGCCAUUUUCCUGAGAGACAGCGGCGGCGCUGGGGCGGGCGGCGGGGCUGCGGGGCUGCGGACUGGUCCCUGGAGAGCAGGCGGCUGCUUGGGCCAGCUCCCAGGGGAAGCGGGCGGCGGGCGAGAACUCCGCUUCCACUGGGACCCCCACUACCCACCACCUGCGCCCGAACGGGAUGGCGGCGCAGGGCGGAGGUGCGCUACCCAGGGGAAAUUUCCCGCCAGCUCUCUGCGGGGCCUCUACAAGUUUUAUGGACGCGUAGUACCGAGGGGGGGGGGGGAGCUCUCCCUGCCCCGCACCUCACCAGCCCCCGCGCCCCACGAACCAUCAACUUCUUAUCGUCUCACG